AUGGCGCUCCUCCAAAACGAAGAGUUCGCCGUUUGGUAUCUCCGGACUUCCUUUUUAGCCAAUGUCAAGGACGGUGUUGCUGAACGGCUCAUCAAUGUCAAUUCCUCCGUUCUGAACAUAGCAGCCUUCCGUGCGGCUGGCUGGUCUGCAGAUCCCGUUCAACGAACGUAUUCUCCGCCCAUUCCCACAUCUAUCAGCACCGAGUAUUUUCAAAAUGGAUCUGAACUUCAACUUCUCAACUCGCAAGGUGAUGAGGAAGACGAAGGAGGCCUCGUUACAGGCAGGGUCAGUAAUGAUACUAUUGGUCCUGGUUUCAAUGUCAGGCGGAGACGAAAGAAGGAGCAAGCCGAUGAUGAUGACAGCAGCGACCUCACUGACGAGUCAGAAGAAGAGGCCGAAGGCGCGCAACGCGCUGCGCAACAGAUCCGGUUUGCAAAGAUGCCCGCCCGUCAUCGUGCCGACUCAUCUCCGAUCCGUAGCACUGGCCCUGAGAUUGUGACAACUUCGCCUUCGAAGCCGUCCACAGACAACAGACGUCGCACAGGAUCGCUUGGUGCAGUAGAGGCUGUCAAAGCACGUGCCAGGCGAGACACCACCACUAGCAGUGACCUGUCGUCCGAGAACGAGGUAGAUCCGGCCUACUUUCAGCGUCGUCGGCUGCCUCCCGGUCAGGCAUCCAAAUCGGCACCACUUCCCAAUGAGGUUUCCCACGGGCUGGGCCCGGAGGACAGUCGAGAUGCGCCGGGACAAGACGAUUCUGAUGCAGAAUCUGUUGGGUCAGCAAUGUCCUCAGAACUGGGCGAUACAAUCGACUCUACUUCCCUGCUGAUCACCAUGCAAGAAACAAAUCUCACCUCUUCGCCCUCAAUCUUAGGCAGCCUUACAGGAUCCGCACCUCGUAUACCUCCGUCAGAGUCUCCGAGAAAGCAGAGAACCUUACCAGUCCUGCACGAAUUACCUCCUCCUCGACCGAUCAGCAUGAUACAACCCAAAAGUUUGCUAUCCGCGGCUCUCAAUGCACAGAGAAAGGCGCCAACAAAUCCGCUACAAACCUUCGCUGCGUUGUCAGGCAAAGGCUCGCCCAACCCGCUGUGGAUCAAGAUAUAUGCGGCUUUCUCCAAAAACCCCAACAAGCCCUUUGAGAUGCCGUUAGCAAGGACGUCCAAAGACGGCAACCCAGUCACAGUUGCUGAGGCGAUUGGCUUCAGUCUGUGGAGAUAUAUGGAGGAGGGACGGGAGCCAGCUCUCAGUGAAGCGCAACUCGAUGUGAAUAAAUGGACCCUGCGAAUGGUUGAGGAUGGAGAGGUGGACUACGACUUCCCACCGCUUGUACGCACACGGCCCGCGACUGAUUUCACAUACAACAACAAUCGAGGAGGUAGGGGGCGGUCCAGAGAACGGCCUUUCGACGAGUUUGCUCUCGUUGAGGCAUCGCCUGCCCAGGUAGAAGCCAACAAGAAAGAGACCCCGCAGUAUAUACCAACUGCCCAAGAAGAAGCUGUGCCAGUCCUCGCUCCAGAUCCACCAUUUCUACAGACGCAACCUCCUCCGGGCACUAAGGGACCGCCGUCAAAGACCAACAUCCUCUUAGCUGGACAGCCUUUCACAUCAGCCUUGAGCAAUACCUCCUUGACCCCGGCUGACUUACCCGCACCAGCUGGACCCCAAGCGACACCCCGCAUGGGCAGGACGAAGACCAUCAGAGUAAGGUACUUCGAUAUUGACAUGUCCGCACGGACAACGACUCUGGAAAGCUCAACGGACAGCUAUAUUGCCGAAAUCCUCGACCACGUCUGCAAGCGCUGGAAUCUUGAGAAGGCUGGAUUCGUGCUAAAGGUUGCAGGAACAAACACUGUGGCGCCAUUGGAUCGGACAGUUGAGGCCUUGGGCGCUCGAUCUGACCUGGAGCUGGUACGAAAACGCUUUGGGGCGGGUGUCUCAAGUUUGACGGGCUCGCCGGGCAGUUCGUCACCCAAUGCGCCUCUCCUCCUGGACAUACAGGGUCCCAAGAAGGUCAAGAAGGGCCAGCCGAUGCAUCCAUUGGCACUGAAACAAGACCUCAUGUCCAGUGCGAGCAACUUCAAGAAGUAUUACGUGACACGGAAGCAGUUGGCCCCUUUUGCUCAGGGGAGCCAGCGCGUUCUCGUCUUCGACGGCGACCUUAUCCACGUGAUGCCUGCGGACAACACCUCCAACGCCAAAUUCAGUUCAAUUGCAUUUGGCGACAUCAUCCGGUGCAAGGUCAGCACGAAGCAUGCUAAGAUCGUCCGACUGGUGGUCCGAAGAAUCAACGAGUCUAAGCGAUAUGACUUUGAGGCGCGGACCGCGGGAGAGGCCCAGGAAAUAGUGGACGAAGUGACCCGCGAAAUGAGACUGGCCCGAGCUUCAUAG